UUUAUAUACAUGAGAUUUCGUGCAGAAUUAUUUAUAUUUUCAGAAAAUCUUGUCAUAAAUGCCGGGAUGGCAGAGUUCAGAGCACAGGUCUAUACUUGUGAACUCUGUGGUGAGGAUGGAUUUAAAGAGGAGGAUCUAAGGUCACAUAUGGUGAUUGCUCAUGUAGAGGGUAGUCCAUCUUGUCCUUUCUGUGAUAUAAAUCUUACUCCUAGUCAACUUCAGAUACACGUGAACUCUGAUCACCUUGACUUCCUAACCCCUGAGAGUGAGGAUGGUCACUACCUGGAGAAUGUUUCUGAGUUUGGUUCUCUGUGGGACCUGGAGAAAUCAGCUGAGAGAGGAUUAACUGCAGAUGGUUUGGGUUGUUCUCCGGGUACCCCUGGAAACCCAUUUAUUGAGAGUGAUGACGAAUCUGAUACAGAGGAUGAUACAACCAUUGUCUCUGCCGUAGAGAAACCUUACAAACCUUCUCUGAGUAUAAGUUCAAACCAUAUCUCCGUAUCUCCAACCUUAUCCUGUGCACCCUCUGGAACAAAAAGAUUGAAAAGUGAGGAAGUGAAGUUAGAUAAAUCAAACCUAAGUCUACCUCUCCGCCGGCAAACAGGUGGCUGUAGCUCAAUAUCUCGUGUUAACACUGCCCAACCCACUUCUGCUCCUAGUCCUGAGGUUCUACCCUGUCCUAUGUGUCCAUUUACAGACUCAGAUCCAGGUCGUCUAGAGGAACAUGUUAACAGGGAACACCUGGACAAGCUUUCUCCUGCUGUACAGGCUGAGAGACAUCAAUGCCCUCUCUGUAGUUCAAGUUUCCUAACUCCGGGUGCAUUGGAGACACACUUCUCCUCACUACACACUGAUCUUUCUCCGGUAAAGAGCAAAGUUACGGAUCCUAACGGAAACUAUACCUGUCCUGUUUGCGGAGAAACAAGCUGGAACUCCAAGCUUCUCCAGGUCCAUGUUGACGCACAUUUCUCUAGUCCUGGACCCAGUAAACCUUCUCAGGACCCAAUAUCUGACCAAAUACUGGCUGAGGAACUGGAUAGAAGAGAGAAAGCAAGACAAAAAUAUAAAGAAGAAAAAGAAUUUCAAAAUCUUAGGGCUCAGUAUGGGAUGGAUAACGACGGUAAUUUCCGCGAGCAGAGCGAGGCGUGUAUGAUGAAAGCUGUGUCUAAAGGAGAACUCUCGGUUAAGGAUUUCUAUGAGAAGAAAGCAGAUAUUGCUGCUAGUGUCAGGUCCGGAGUAGAUGAUGGCUCUAGUGUUACACAUGGAAUAUCAGAAAUUAUACAUCCUCUCUCCACCAGGAGUAUCGGAGUAAGGUUGAGUUGUGUAUCUGGAAGGAUGGAUCACUAUUCAUCAACAUACGGAGAUAAGGGUUGGGGUUGCGGAUUCAGAAAUCUGCAGAUGCUUCUCUCACAUCUACUAAACUCUACAGAGUACCGUGGAGUCCUACUGGAAAAUCUCUCCGGAAAUCGGAACCUAGUUUCGCAGAAUAUCUCACUCAACCGGAAUCUUGUGGACAGGGUCGGGAUGCCGUCAAUCCCUAGACUCCAGGAGAUAUUAGAGCAGGCUUGGCGUGCAGGGUUUGACCGGGCCGGCUGUGAGCAGCUGGGUGGAAAGAUUGUGAACACUAGGAAAUGGAUCGGAGCUACAGAAAUAUAUACAAUCCUCACAUACUGUGGGAUAGAGGCAGAACUGAUAGAUUUCCAUAAACCUAGUGGAGAACAGGGUACUCAUCCUCAGCUGGUUAACUGGGUCAACACAUACUAUACUCAGGGGUCCGCUAAACCUCCCCUGUAUCUUCAGCAUCAGGGACACAGUAGAACUAUAUGUGGUAUUGAGAGAACUGUAUCCGGGUUAACUAAACUCCUAGUCCUAGAUCCUAGUCAUACUUCUAGAGCACUACUAGAGAAUCCUCUCAGGAUGGUUCGGAAAUCCCUGGUUCACCUGAAGAGUGCUCAGUACCAGAUCGUAAAAGUGUGUGGGACACUUAGCAAAUUAGAGAAAGAAGAGAGAAGAAACAAACCCGUCUCAUCAAUCCGGAUUCCAUAGAGAACAUUAGAGGAGAUUCAACCCCAUCUCAUCUAUCAAGAUUCCAUAGAGAACAUAAAGAGGAGAUUCAACCCCGUCUCAUCUAUCAUGAUUCCAUAGAGAACAUAUAGAGGAGAUUCAACCCCGUCUUAUCUAUCAGGAUUCCAAUAGAGAACAUUAGAGGAGAUACAACCCCGUCUUAUCUAUCAGGAUUCCAUAGAGAACUUAAAUAGGAGAUACAACCCCGUCUCAUCUUUCAGGAUUCCAUAGAGAACAUAUAGAGGAGAUACAACCUUGUCUCAUUAAUCAGGAUUCCAUAGAGAACAUUUAGAGGAGAUACAACCCCAUCUCAUAAAUCAGGAUUCCAAAGAGAACAUAUAGGGUAGUUACAACCCCGUCUCAACUAUCAGGAUUCCAUAGAGAACAUAUAGAGGAGAUACAACCCCGUCUCAUCUAUCAGGAUUCCAUAGAGAACAUAUUAACAUUAAACAUGCUUUCUCCAUGGACCAGAAACGCAGAAGAUUUCUCAAAAUUUCAAAGACAGGAGAAGAUGUCUUUUAUGAACGACAAAAGAGAAGAAACCCAUAUUUCAAUUUUUCGUUUCAGAUCAGAUCAGAUUUGCUCGAAAAGAUCAUUCCAAAGAAACUUUAAGGGGAUGCCCUAAAAGGGGCAAAAGGUACAUUAGUAAAAGAUCUGAAGUCGACUUGUUCUCGAUACAUGGAUUGUACUCACAAUCUUAUGCUACUUUUCUUUUAAAUCCAACUUUUCAAACCACCCAUUUAAGUAUUUUGUAAACCAAAGGGCAUUUAAAGACUUAAGUUAAAUUUUAUUUAAACAAUCGAAUUUAUAUUUUUUAAUAAUCAUAUGUAAAUCAUAAAUAUCAUAGUAUCCUUUACAAUUUACUAUUUAAACAGACUGAGGAUUCAAUUUUUCACAAAUUGAAUCCUACCGCGUCUGAUAAUCAGUUUAUCAUCGCUGGUAUGAGUCUGGAACUUUAGAGAACAAUUAUCAACCAAACUAAG